AUGCACCUUUCUUCGGCCAGUAACGUCAAGGCAUAUCUGGUAAUUGCGCGCUGUGGAAAUCUGCCUGUCAACAUCAGGAAUGUCGAUGGUCCUGGAGGAGGGCGUUUGGUGGGCUGGUUGCCAAUAGUUCCCGCCGAUUCGGACGAGGACAGUAAGCUGUCCUAUACUAAUUUGAAGAAGGUCGUAUGGCACAAAUCGUUCAUGGUCCUCCUUGAAACGCUCAUCCUCAUUUCCAAAACCAGCUUUGCGCACCAGUGCUAUGACAAAAUUCUGCGCUGGUUGUAUCCACUAAUACUGAUUUUAUUGGCCGACUAUGAAGAGCAGUGUGUGAUGGCCCUGAUAAGGGGGUUCAACUCCGCAUGUCCCUGCCCCAUUUGUCUUGUGCCAAAAGACCAGCUCACCGACCAUUCUACGACAUACCCUACACGCACUAUCGAGGAUGCGCAAGCUUGCCUUCGAUUAUGGAACUUAGAUCGUGCUGCUGGUGAGGCGGCACUGAAGAAACAGAGUCUGAGGCCUGUCGAUUCUUACAAUCAUCAGAAUAGCUUUUGGAUUAUCGAGUGGUCCAGCCCGCACGAUGCACUUUCACAAGAUACUUUGCAUGCUUACGAUAGUGGUUUGUUUGGCAAUCACCUGUUCGAGGAGGUCAAGGGCCAUGUGAAGGCACUGGGACGUGCCGCUGAGAAGACAAUGGAUGAUCAGUUUGAUGCCUUUCCCGUCACCAACAUCAGUUUUUCAGACGGCAACAAGUUCCUGGACAUUUCUAAGCAACUAUUGUAUGCGGCGCAGAAUGUGCUCACGUGCAAAGACGAUGAAGGUGGCUAUGCACUUUUAAAGUGCAUAGCAAGCUAUCUUCACGUCUAUAUGUAUAUAACACUUGAUGUUCACACAGAAAGCACUAUUGUGGCUGGGGAGGCCGAGAUUCUUGUUUUCCAGAAGUGCUUAGAUGAAUAUAUCAAAAUCCUUGGCGACGAAGCGAUCAAAAACUGGAAUUUUCCGAAGGCUCACUCUAUGAAGCACGACAUUGCAAACCAGAUACUCAGGCUCGACCAUAUGACCUUCGUCUCUGUGGUCCUCCACAGCUGCGUCAACCAUCUCGACGAAGAACAACGCAAGGCUAUGCUUUCGGAGAGGGAACUUGAGACAGAGGAUCUCGAUGAUCAGUCCUUUGGUGGACACAUUCACCUGGGUGCUCCUCAGCGCUCAAUGACCCUUGUGCAGCUCGAAAACAACAAUGUGUCCAACCGUGCCUUUGGGCAGUUCCGCAAGAAGCUCUCAACCUUUCUCAAUCACGCUCUACCCGCCUACAAUAUACCGCUUCCCGAUGGCAAAACGUGGCUGACACUGUCAGCACAAGACACAGUUCAGGAACACCGAUAUCUGAAGGUCAAUUAUGAGAGUGUUGUGGACUGGAAGCUCACUACUGAUCACCUGCGCUGCAAUCCAAGCUUUCACGGCCGCGAGCGAUGUGACUAUGCCCUUGUUCGCACCCAGGACAAAGAUGGAAAUGAUAAGAACAUAUUUGUUCGCAUUCUAUUCAUGUUCAAGCAAUCAGUUGGCUGCCAAACUUUAGAUCUUGCCCUAGUCCUACCUUUGGAUUCUCUGACAGGCUCACAACACUCUGUAGAUCGAGAUUUGUGA